ACAAGUUUCUCCAGCUGGCAGACACCUUGCUGCCUAGAGCAACACACGCUGUUACCAGCUGUAAUGAGAAGCUCACUGUCAUGGUGCAUGGUGACUUCCAGAAGAACAACAUGAUGUUCCGGUGUUUGAAGGAUGAGCUUGAAGUCAUUUUCUACGAUUUUCAGGGAGCCCACAUCGGGUCUCCAGCGGAGGACCUGCAGUACUUUUUGCACUCGAGCACCAGCCUGGAAGUGCUGCAGCAGCACAAGGACCUGCUGCUGUCCGAGUACCACAGCACCCUGCAGCACACGUUGCGAGCCCUGGGGCUGCAGCAGCAGGCGGACGCCUACCCGUUGGAGCAGCUGAGGAGAGAGAUGCAACAGCUGGCGUUGGUAGGAGUCUUCUGCACCUACAACUUGCUGCCUGUCAUGCUCAACCUAGAGGCAGUCGAUUUCGACCUCGAUACAUCGUCACCCAGCUAUGCAGCUAACGCAGAGAAGCUGUUACAGAAAUGCUUCACAAACCCUGAAUAUUUGGCAUUUGCUCAAUAUUUGACACCACUUUUUGAUAAGAGUGGUCUUCUUGAAAGUUAUUAGACUUCUAGUUGAGAUUCUAUUCAGGGUGAAUUUGAAGUAUGCUGAAGUAUUAAUACCUUCCUAAUAAUAAGUUCUAUGUGAAGACUGUUGAUGCCAGGUAGAGAGCAAUGAAUGCACAUAGUUUCUAAAUGCUGCAAUGCCUAUUAGCAUACUUUAAGUAAUAAAUCUACCAAGAUAUUUUGCUCGCUUAUUUCACUUCUAUUUACACACCUCUUUUCUAUGCUAUAAUGCGUAUCUUUUAGCUGUAUUAUUUUA